GUAAAGAUCGAUGGAUAUAAAAGCGGCGAGAUGAAAGGAUCGGAGCACAGUGCGACUGGAGAGUCCUAGAGCUCUUCGGAAUGAUCAGUGAAACGUCGUGGAGCCUGAGGGCUCUGGCCCUGCUACUAGUUGUCGCGGCCAUUUCGGCCCUACCAACUUCAGAUCCUAGUGCGGAUGUAGUAAUUGAUCCGAUAAUUGUCGACGACACUACCUUGUCGACUGAGCUGAAGCCUCCACCGAUACCUGAGAAGGAACAUCAGUACGUGCUCUUCGUUAUAAAUCUCUUCGCAGUGAAGAACUCCAGUGGCGAGUCUGCCGAAGAAAUAUUCGAAAACGAAGUAGUUGAGAAAGUACCAAGCCUGCUAGGACCGUUGGCCACCGUGUUCCUGCUCGUCGAGGUCGACGGCAACGACACGGAAACCAACGAGCCGGUGAAUCUCGAUGAAGUGGCGACAGACCUCGAAGACGUCGAGGGUUUCAAAGUGGAGAAGAUCAAGGAGAAUGGCGAGACGAAAUUGCUCAAAGUGAAUCUGGAUCAGAAUGACAUCGACGGCAUGAUGCCGUCGAAAUCGAAGCUGGAGAAGAUGACGAAAGUCCGUAACAAGAGGUCACCCUGUCUGAAGUGCAAACUGAAAGGUUUCCAUGGCGGCGGAGGUGGAUACGGCGGCGGAGGCGGAGGUGGAUACGGAGGCGGAGGCGGAGGAAGCAAAACAAUUGGUGUUAUACCCGUAGUUGUUGUACCUGUUGCAGUUGGUUACCCAUCUUAUCACCAGCCGUCUGGGGGAGGUUGCAAUACAUGUGGCGGCGGCGGUGGCGGAGGUUCGUACGCCCAAGCUUCCGCAUCAGCAGGAAGUUGGGGUAAAUAAACCACUGGGAAACAUCAAGAGUGGAAAAGUUGCCAGUCGUCAUGCUGCCGAUAGUCAAAUAACCGCAACGAUCUAUCGAACCGAAACACGUUAACACCCCGAUCAUGUUAAUUUCACUACAAUGUAACCGUCCGUCAUCGCGAUCGUCCAUUUGUACAGUCACUCUGCCAAGAAUCAAAUAAACGAAGAAAAAAAACGAAAA